CUGAUUCGUGAAGCAAAGAUUGCGACUGACCCGUUUCUUGAAGCAUUUGGACUUGAAGUCAAAACUGAGCCACUUCUUGUCCAAGGACGCAUAUUGCCUCUUCCAAAAAUCGAAUAUUCUUCUGAAGCCAGUGCCAAUCCAAUAGUUAUUCCGGAAGACGGAGCAUGGCAGCCUACGGGCCAGAAAUUUUUUCAUGGUGGUACGAUUCUGGGAUGCGCCAUCAUUAGCUUUCUCCGUCGUAACGAUUCAGCAGGAGUCGAAGACUUUGUCCUAAGACUUCUGCGUACAUGCGCUGACAUGGGGGUGCGUGUGAAAACUGAGCGACCAGAAAUGGUGAAGAACUGCCCGGGAGCUGUAGAAUUCGACAGGUGUGUGCGGGAGAUCUGCACUACCUACGAAGAAAACAAUGCUGUUUGCAGCUUGAUUAUAGUUAUUCUGCCCGAGAAAGGUCCAGAAUAUGCCGAAGUGAAGCGCGUAUCUGAUAUCGGGUAUGGUGUGAUGACGCAGUGUGUCUUGCGAAGAACAAUGAACGAUGUGCUGAUGAAGAAUAAAACAGCGACUUUGAUAAAUUUGGCGUUGAAGAUAAACAUGAAAGUGGGAGGUGUGAAUUCACGAAUAGCAAGCGAUAAGAUUGCGAAAGAAUGUCUUGUAAACGAAAAUACGUUGGUUCUUGGAGUCGACGUUACUCACCCAACCAGGAAUGAACCGUUGCCUUCAAUUGGAGCGGUUGUCGGAAACAUUGACGCUGAUUGUACAAAAUUUUACGCCACCAUCCGUGUGCAAAAGAACAAGCAGGAGUCCAUAGUACAGUUGGAGGAAGCUUUCAGGGAACGCUUGAUGGACUAUGUAGAAAACACGAAUGUUAAACCACAAAGAAUUCUUGUCUAUCGCGACGGCAUUUCUGAAGGGCAGUUCUACGAGGUAAUGAAAGAAGAACUUAGCGGAAUUCGGAAAGCUUGUUUGGCGCUUGACGAAAAUUUUCGUCCGAAGAUCACAUUUGUGGUUGUUCAGAAACGCCACCAUACGCGUUUCGCGUGUUCGGAUUUAAACGAUGGAAGAGGCCGUGGAAAAAACGUACCAGCGGGUACCGUGGUAGAUUCAUUAAUUACCACCCCUGAAGAAUUUGAUUUCUUUUUGUGUAGUCAUGCGGGUAUUCAGGGUACUUCGAGACCGACUAAGUACCAUGUGCUUUUCGACAGCUGCAACUACAGUUCUGAUGCUUUGCAGUUGCUAACGUUCUACCUCUGCCACAUUUACGGCCGCUGUGCUCGUUCCGUAAGCAUUCCUGCUCCUGUGUAUUUUGCAGAUCUCGCUUGUACGCGUGCACGAUUUCAUCUGGCAAAAAUGAUUUCGUCAGACUUUGGUAGCGAAACGUCGUCGACCGUUGGCGAUUAUGAAAGUACGCUUUCGGAAAGGGAAUUAAUUACGGCGACAACUCUACACCAGAAUUUGAAGAAGACUAUGUAUUUUGCUUGAGU